AAGGCUGAAACAGAAAAGCAAAGUCCCCCUCAUGGAGAAGCAAAGCCUGGUUCAAGCACUCUUCCACCUGUGAAAUCAAAGACAAGCUUCAUUGAAGCAGACAAAUACUUCCUACCAUUUGAACUGGCAUGCCAGUCAAAGUGCCCCAGGAUCGUCAGCACAUCUCUAGAUUGUUUACAGAAACUUAUAGCUUAUGGGCACUUGACAGGGAAUGCUCCAGACAGUACAGCGCCAGGCAAAAAAUUAAUUGAUAGAAUUAUUGAGACAAUAUGUGGCUGUUUUCAAGGCCCUCAAACAGACGAAGGGGUUCAGCUACAAAUAAUAAAGGCUUUGCUUACUGCAGUAACAUCUCAACACAUAGAAAUCCACGAAGGAACAGUGCUACAGGCUGUAAGAACAUGUUACAAUAUCUAUCUAGCAAGCAAAAAUCUCAUAAAUCAAACCACAGCCAAGGCCACUCUAACACAAAUGCUGAAUGUCAUUUUUGCACGUAUGGAAAAUCAAGCACUUCAGGAAGCCAAACAGAUGGAAAAGGAAAGACAAAGACAGCAACACCAUCUACAGCAGUCUCCAGUAAGCCAUCAUGAGCCUGAGUCACCUCAGUUGAGACAUAUUCCAACACAGACUGAUCAGCUGUCCAAAGAACAUGAGAGAGAGCUUGACCACAGCACAAAUGAUGUGGACAAGAACGUUCAAGAAGAUACAGAGGCAGAAAAUGGAUCUGAUAUUUCUAGUGCUGAAAACGAACAGACGGAAGCUGACCAAGCAACAGCAGCAGAAAAUCUUUCUAAAGCUGAUGGAGGAACGUACGAUGGCGAAAGCAAUGAGUGUGAAGAGAAGGCGCAAGAAAUUGUAGAAAGUAUUGUGCAGGAAAUGGUGAACAUAGUAGUUGGAGAUAUGGAAGGGACUGCUGAAAUUGCAGGUGGUGAUGGCACAAUUGUAACAUUAGAGGAUGGCAGUGACAGUGAAAACAUUCAGGCAAAUGGAAUUCCAGGGACUCCAAUUUCUGUUGCUUAUACACCAUCUUUACCUGAUGACAGAUUAUCAGUCUCUUCCAAUGAUACUCAGGAAUCUGGAAAUUCUUCAGGACCUACCCCUGGUGCUAAGUUUUCCCACAUUUUACAAAAGGAUGCCUUCCUUGUAUUCAGGUCACUGUGUAAACUCUCCAUGAAGCCCCUGUCAGAUGGACCGCCAGAUCCAAAAUCUCAUGAACUGCGAUCAAAGAUUCUUUCAUUGCAGUUGCUUCUGUCCAUUCUGCAAAAUGCAGGACCUGUCUUCAGGACAAAUGAGAUGUUUAUUAACGCUAUUAAGCAGUACCUUUGUGUUGCACUGUCAAAAAAUGGAGUCUCGUCAGUUCCAGAAGUUUUUGAACUUUCGCUUUCCAUAUUUCUUACCCUCCUCUCAAACUUUAAGACUCAUCUAAAGAUGCAGAUCGAGGUUUUCUUCAAAGAAAUUUUUCUGUAUAUCUUGGAAACUUCUACUAGCUCGUUUGAUCAUAAAUGGAUGGUUAUACAAACACUGACAAGGAUAUGUGCAGAUGCCCAGAGCGUAGUGGACAUCUACGUGAACUAUGAUUGUGAUUUAAAUGCAGCAAAUAUAUUUGAAAGGCUGGUUAAUGACCUGUCAAAGAUUGCUCAAGGAAGGGGUAGCCAAGAACUUGGCAUGUCCAAUGUUCAGGAAUUAAGUUUGAGAAAAAAAGGAUUGGAAUGCUUGGUAUCGAUCUUGAAGUGCAUGGUGGAGUGGAGUAAGGAUCAGUAUGUGAAUCCCAAUUCUCAGACAACACUUGGCCAAGAAAAACCCGCAGAACAGGACAGCAAUGAAACCAAGCACCCUGAGACGAUUAACAGAUAUGGAAGCUUAAAUUCCUUGGAUUCUACUGCUUCAUCAGGAAUUGGCAGUUACAGCACACAGAUGUCUGGCACUGACAACCCAGAGCAGUUUGAGGUCCUAAAGCAACAAAAGGAAAUAAUAGAACAAGGAAUUGACUUAUUCAAUAAGAAACCAAAGAGGGGGAUUCAGUACCUGCAAGAACAAGGAAUGCUUGGCACUACCCCUGAAGAUAUUGCUCAGUUCUUGCAUCAAGAGGAAAGAUUAGAUUCGACUCAGGUUGGGGAGUUCCUUGGAGACAAUGAUAAAUUUAACAAAGAAGUCAUGUAUGCAUAUGUAGACCAACACGACUUUUCAGGAAAGGAUUUUGUUUCAGCUCUGCGCAUGUUUCUAGAGGGAUUUCGUCUUCCAGGGGAGGCUCAAAAAAUUGAUCGCCUAAUGGAGAAAUUUGCUGCUAGAUAUUUAGAAUGUAACCAAGGGCAGACUCUUUUUGCUAGUGCAGAUACUGCAUAUGUUUUAGCUUACUCAAUUAUCAUGUUGACAACAGAUCUUCACAGUCCACAGGUUAAGAAUAAAAUGACAAAAGAACAGUAUAUUAAAAUGAAUAGAGGUAUCAAUGACAGUAAAGAUCUCCCUGAAGAAUAUUUGUCUGCUAUCUAUAAUGAAAUAGCUGGAAAGAAGAUUUCAAUGAAAGAAACAAAAGAAUUAACAAUACCGACAAAAUCCAGUAAACAAAGUGUUGCUAGUGAAAAGCAGAGAAGACUCCUGUAUAAUUUGGAAAUGGAACAAAUGGCUAAAACAGCUAAAGCUCUUAUGGAGGCAGUGAGCCACGUUCAGGCACCUUUUACUAGUGCAACACACCUGGAGCAUGUGAGACCCAUGUUUAAGUUGGCAUGGACACCUUUUCUAGCUGCAUUCAGUGUGGGUCUACAGGACUGUGAUGACACAGAAGUUGCCUCCCUUUGUUUGGAGGGUAUACGAUGUGCAAUCAGGAUUGCUUGCAUUUUCAACAUUCAGCUUGAAAGAGAUGCCUAUGUCCAAGCAUUAGCAAGAUUUACUUUACUUACAGUGAGUUCUGGUAUUACUGAAAUGAAGCAGAAGAAUAUCGACACAAUUAAAACUCUCAUCACAGUGGCUCAUACAGAUGGAAACUAUUUGGGAAAUUCCUGGCAUGAGAUUCUGAAAUGCAUCAGUCAACUUGAACUGGCACAGUUAAUAGGAACUGGAGUAAAACCUCGCUACAUCUCAGGGACAGUGCGUGGCAGGGAAGGUUCUUUUACUGGAACAAAAGAUCAGGCGCCUGAUGAAUUUGUGGGGCUGGGACUGGUUGGUGGAAACGUGGAUUGGAAGCAGAUAGCAAGUAUUCAGGAAUCCAUUGGUGAAACCAGCUCCCAAAGUGUUGUUGUUGCUGUAGACAGAAUAUUUACGGGAUCUACAAGGUUGGAUGGAAAUGCUAUUGUGGAUUUCGUUCGCUGGCUUUGUGCUGUAUCUAUGGAUGAGCUGCUAUCUGCUACCCACCCUCGAAUGUUUAGUCUGCAGAAGAUAGUUGAGAUUUCCUACUACAACAUGGGCCGGAUAAGGCUACAGUGGUCUAGAAUCUGGGAAGUUAUUGGAGAUCAUUUUAAUAAGGUUGGCUGCAAUCCCAAUGAAGAUGUAGCUAUUUUUGCAGUAGACUCGUUAAGGCAAUUAUCAAUGAAGUUUUUAGAAAAAGGAGAACUUGCUAAUUUCCGAUUCCAGAAGGACUUCCUAAGACCGUUUGAACAUAUCAUGAAGAGAAACAGGUCUCCUACUAUCCGAGACAUGGUUGUACGGUGCAUUGCACAGAUGGUAAAUUCCCAGGCUGCUAACAUUCGUUCUGGGUGGAAAAACAUUUUUUCGGUAUUUCAUCUGGCAGCCUCAGAUCAGGAUGAAAGUAUAGUGGAACUUGCAUUCCAGACCACAGGACACAUUGUCACAAUUGUGUUUGAAAAACACUUCCCAGCCACCAUAGAUUCUUUCCAGGAUGCAGUAAAGUGCUUGUCUGAAUUUGCCUGCAAUGCAGCGUUUCCAGAUACCAGUAUGGAAGCGAUCCGCCUCAUUCGCCACUGUGCAAAAUACGUAUCUGAUAGACCUCAGGCAUUCAAGGAAUACACAAGUGAUGAUAUGAAUGUAGCUCCCGAAGACAGAGUGUGGGUGCGAGGAUGGUUCCCAAUUCUGUUUGAGUUGUCCUGUAUCAUCAAUAGAUGCAAAUUAGAUGUAAGAACCAGGGGUUUAACAGUAAUGUUUGAAAUAAUGAAGACAUACGGCCAUACUUAUGAAAAACACUGGUGGCAAGAUUUGUUUCGGAUUGUCUUCAGGAUAUUUGACAACAUGAAACUGCCAGAACAACAGACUGAGAAAGCUGAAUGGAUGACAACUACUUGCAACCAUGCACUUUACGCAAUAUGUGAUGUAUUCACACAGUAUUUAGAAGUACUUAGUGAUGUUCUUUUGGAUGAUAUAUUUGCACAGCUGUACUGGUGUGUGCAGCAAGACAAUGAACAACUGGCACGAUCUGGUACAAACUGUUUGGAGAAUGUUGUCAUCCUAAACGGUGAAAAGUUUACCCUAGAAAUCUGGGAUAAAACUUGUACUUGCAUGCUGGAUAUUUUCAAAACUACAAUCCCUCAUGCGCUGCUGACUUGGCGACCAGUCAGUGGGGAGUUUGGCUCUGGACCUCCCUCUGAUGCAAAAGAAAAACUGGAUACAGUCUCACAGAAGUCAGUAGAUAUUCAUGAUUCAAUUCAGCCUAGAUCUUCAGAUGGACGUCCGUACCAACCCUGCGCGGGGUCCACAGUAGGUGAAGAAAUGAGUAAACCCAGGCCAACAGCAAAAUUUCCAGAACAGAAGUUAUUUGCUGCUCUUUUGAUCAAAUGCGUUGUACAACUGGAACUCAUUCAGACUAUCGACAAUAUUGUCUUCUUCCCAGCAACUAGCAAAAAAGAGGAUGCAGAGAAUCUAGCAGCAGCACAGAGAGAUGCAGUAGACUUUGAUGUCCACGUGGAUACACAAGAUCAAGGGAUGUAUCGUUUUCUAACCUCACAGCAGCUUUUCAAACUUCUCGAUUGUCUGCUGGAAUCUCACAGAUUCGCUAAAGCAUUUAAUUCAAACAAUGAGCAAAGAACUGCACUCUGGAAAGCAG